AAACGCAAGAUGAUCCUCACAACAUGCGCCGCCUGCGCCGCCCCACUGGCCCACGACGCGCCGCGUUGCGUUAGAUGUAAGUUGCGCUACUGCAACGCCACUUGCCAACAUGACCACUGGCGCCGCGGCCACAAGCAGAUGUGUAAGAAAAUACACCGCGGCGGCAACGCGGAGCAAUACCACGCCGACAAAAAAUACAAGGAGGCCGUCGCGGAGGCCGUCGAGGCGUGCGCGGACGACACGAAGGGCCAGACGUGUUAUAUUUGCACGCAAGCCCUCCAUUGGAAAACGAAGGAGGGUCUCGUGCGCGGGUGCUCUUGCCGUGGGACGGCGGGCUUCGCGCACGUGUCGUGCCUGGCGGAGCAGGCGAAGAUUUUGAUGGACGAGGCCGAGGAGAACAAUUUGGAUGCCAAGGCGUUGAAUGAGAGGUUUGAACGGUGGUACACGUGUAGCCUGUGUGAGCAACGGUACCACGGCGUCGUAAUGAACGCACUCGGGUGGGCGUGCUGGAAGAAGUACGUGGGCCGGCCGGAGACGGACCAGCUUCGGCAAAUAGCGAUUUCGAUUCUUGGUAACGGUUUACAAAAUGCGGAACAAUACGAGGAGGCGUUGUCCGUGCAAGAGGCGGAGUUGUCUAUGCUGCGGCGACUUUGCGCAUCAGAACAGUCAUUGCUCGAUACUCAGAGCAAUCUUGCGAUUUCGUACCUUCAGCUUGAACGGCUCGAACAGGCCGUAAAUGCGUUUCGAGGUGUAUAUUCCGGACGUUUGAAGCUCGACGGCGAGGAACAUGAGAACACCCUCAUUGCGGCCAACAACUACGCGGACUCCCUUAAUGGUCUCAAGCGCUUCAAAGAAGCCAAAUCACUGUUGCGCAAAACGAUGCCCGUAGCACGACGCGUUCUCGGAGAGGGGAAUGAACACACGCUCAAGAUGAGGUGGGUUUACGCGCGGGCGCUCUACUCGGACCCCGACGCCACGCUCGACGAUGUCCGCGAGAGCGUGGAGACGCUCGAGGACGCUGAACGGAUCGCGCGGCGCGUGCUCGGCGGCGCGCACCCUAUUACAAAAGAAAUGGGGAACGACCUGGGAACUACGCGAGCCGUGCUCCUCCGCGCCUGCGAGACGCUGUCGCCGCCGGGGAGUGCCUAA